AUGGCUUCCUUAGUGACAGAGGUUGGGACAUGGACAACUCAGGCUAGCGAGUAUUCUCGCAUCCUACCGAAUCCGAAAUUCACUCUCCUCAAAGGCUCGCCCACAGGACUCACCGUCCUGCCUCAAAAGGUGCCCUUACAGCCCGGCCCUCCUCCGGCAGAGUCCGCAUUCUCUCGCCAUCGACUCGCGGCCCGCGGACGGCGGAGAGCCUCGCCGCCCUCCUCCUCUCGCGCCUCGAAACCGCUCCUCAAGAAACAGUCGCUCGAUCCCUCGCGCCGUCCGUGCGCCGACUACUUCGACGUCGCCGCCGGUUCAGGAGCCGGCGGCGUCCUCGCCGCCAUGCUUUUCACCCGGGGCCAGGACGGCCGCCCUCUCUUCACCGCCGAGGAGUCCUUCAAAUUCCUAGCCAAAAACCGAAAGAUGUUUCAGAGAAGCGGGAGAUUUCGCAAGCUGUUCGGCUCGUCGAAAUCAAGCAGCAAGUUCAAGAAGCUGUUCGGGGACGCGUGCCUUAGGCAGGAUUCUAUAAAGCCGUUGCUGGUCUCGUGCUUCGAUCUGUUGACGGGGUCGGCGUUCAUGUUCUCGAGGUCCGACGCCGUGGAGUCCGACGGCUUUAACUUCCUCAUCAAGGACGUCUGCGCCGCGACCUGCGCCGAUCGGGCGACGGAGGUGGAGUCGGUGGACGGAAGGACUGGGAUCAAGGCGAUGGGAGGGGGGGUUGGGAUGGGGAAUCCGACGGCGGCUGCAAUCACGCACGUGCUUAACAACAAGAGGGAGUUCCCCUUCGCCGACGGGGCGGAGGACCUGUUGGUGGUGUCCCUGGGGAGCUCGGAGGCGCUGAAAAUCGGCAGCGAAGGUUGCGAGGAUCGCCGGUGAAGGAACAAUCGAUGCGGUGGAUCAAUCAGUUGCGAUGGCGUUCGGACAGAACAGCUCAACCUACUACGUCCGGAUUCAGGCAAAUGGGAUCAUUUCGGAAACAAAAGCCGAAGCUCAGAGCCCGGCGUCCGCAGCUGAAACGGCACUGUCGCAGCGAUGCGUAGAGUCCGUCAUGUUUAAGGGGAAGAAAAUAUCGCAGCAGACCAACGGGGAAAGGAUCGAGUGGGCGUCAAGCGAGCUAAUCAAAGAACAAGACAGAAGAAAGAAAGGAGAGCGUGCGUGCG